AUGGAGCUCCCUGCAUCUGCAUACUCUGUAACCCUUUUGAUCUCAGUCCUUCAUGUUCAUGUGCUUGUCUUUUUCUGUGCAAGCAUCCUGUGCUUGCAAACUGCUGAUUGCCUCAGUAUGUUAGGAAAUGGGACCGACCGACUUGCUCUUUUGGAAUUCAAAGCCAAAAUAGGCAAUGAUCCAUAUGGCAUCUUAAGCUCGUGGAAUGAUUCUGUCAACUUCUGCAAAUGGCAAGGAGUUUCCUGCGCCCGCAAACAUCAGAGGGUUACAUCUCUGAACCUGCAAGGGCUGAGCCUGUCUGGAGCCAUAUCUCCGAGUGUAGGGAAUCUCACCUUCUUGAGGUUCCUCAACCUUGGUGCCAAUGAAUUCCGUGGUGAAAUUCCCCAAGAAAUCCUCAACCUUGGUGCCAAUGAAUUCCGUGGAGAAAUUCCCCAAGAAAUUGGCCGCCUGUUUCGACUGAGACAUAUCAACCUGACUGAUAAUGCAUUGAAAGGAGAAAUUCCAAUCAACAUUAGCUACUGCUCAGAGUUGAAGAUUUUGCUUCUCUCUAGUAACAUCUUGGUAGGAAAAAUUCCUCCCGAGUUGGGCUCUUUAAAGAAGCUUGUAUCACUUAGGCUUUUUAAAAAUAAUCUCAUGGGAGAAAUCCCACAUUCCCUUGGGAACUUGUCAUCCCUCCAAGCUCUUUCUCUAGCGUAUAACAAACUGAAGGGAAAUAUUCCCAAUGAAUUGGGACGAUUAACAAGCUUAAUGGUUCUUUCAGUUUCAAGCAACGAUCUGACUGGUACAGUGCCAUCUAGCAUAUACAAUAUCUCCUCCAUGACCAAGCUUUCUUUUUCAUUGAAUCAAAUCAAAGGCAGUGUCCCAGCAAAUAUAGGCCUGACUCUUCCCAACUUACAAGAAUUUGCAUACGGCCUGAACCAAUUCCAUGGAACCAUUCCACUGUCACUUGCUAAUGCUUCCCAGCUUGAAAUAAUUGACAUCGCUAGCAACUUUUUCUCAGGAGAAAUUCCAAGAAAUUUUGGGGAUUUGAGUAGUCUUCAAUUUCUCAAUUUGGCACAAAAUUUCCUUGGAAAUAACACAAGUCAAGAUUUAAAUUUUGUAACAUCUUUGUCAAACUGCAGCAAUUUACAAGAACUAUAUUUUGAUCACAAUAAUCUUGUUGGUGUAUUACCUAACAGCAUAAUUAAUGUAUCUUCCCUCAUUAGCCUUUUUCUAGGAAACAACCAAAUAUCCGGUAGAAUUCCAGCAGAGAUUGGGAAUCUUGCUAACUUGAAUGCAUUAGGCAUGGAAGAGAAUCUUUUUUCUGGCAGCCUCCCUAUUUCUCUUGGAAAGAAUCAACGGAUGCAAAUGCUGUAUUUAAAUAAUAAUAAACUAUCCGGAGAAAUCCCUGCAUCCUUAGGUAACAUCAGCCAGUUAUAUCAUCUUGUAUUAGCCAUGAACAAAUUAGAAGGGAAUAUACCAGCAAGUAUAGGUCACUGCACAAAUCUGCAUUUGCUAGAUCUAGCAGAAAAUAAACUGACUGGUACCAUGCCCAAACAAAUCAUUGGCUUGUCUUCUCUAUCUUUGGUUCUUAACUUAUCUCAAAACUCAUUGAUAGGGCCCAUACCCCAAGAAGUUGGCAAACUCAAAAAUAUCGGUGAAAUAGAUAUAUCAGGAAACAAAUUAUAUGGGGAGAUUCCUAAAGCAAUAGGUGAUUGUUCGAGCCUUGAAAUUCUUAACAUGCAGGCUAACUUCCUUCAAGGACCCAUUCCGUUAUCUAUCGCAUCCUUAAGAGGUCUACAAUCUUUAGACCUGUCAAGAAACAAACUGACAGGAAAACUUCCAAAGGAGCUGGAGAAACUUUUGUUCUUGAAAACUUCCAAAGGAGCUGGAGAAUUUUGCCUUCCUCGGAAUUUCAUCAAGGGAACUCUUGGCAAGCAAGCUGGGGGUUCUCUUUCAUACAAGGAACUCUUGCAAGCAACUGGGGGAUUCUCUUCAGAGAACCUGAUUGGACAGGGUAGUUUUGGCCUGGUGUAUAGAGGAAGUCUUGAUCAGCAAGCAUACAGAUUAGUUGCUGUAAAGGUACUCAACCUUCAACAACGUCAAGCUUCCAAGAGCUUCAUUGCUGAGUGCAAAAUAUUGAGAAACUUAAGGCACCGGAAUCUGGUAAAGGUAUUGACAUACUGCUCGAGCAUUGAUUUUAAAGGUAACGAUUUCAAAGCUCUAGUGUUCGAUUUCAUGGCAAAUGGGAGCUUAGAAAUGUGGCUGCAUCCAAGAGAAAAUAAUGGUAAUGCUCAGUCAAGAAGUUCAAGAAGUUUAAACCUUCUGCAGAGACUUCAAAUUGCAAUUGACGUGGCUUCUGCACUGCAUCAUCUUCAUGACAAUUGUGAAGUACCAAUCAUUCACUGCGACUUGAAACCAAGCAAUAUUCUUCUUGAUGAUGACAUGACUGCUCAUGUUGGUGACUUUGGAUUAGCAAGGCUUUGGUCUGAAACUCAAAAUUCUUCCUCUCGAGGCCAAACCAGCUCAAUUGGGAUGAAGGGAACAAUUGGAUAUAUGGCUCCAGAGUAUGGAGUAGGCAAUGCAGCUACAACAUCUGGAGACACAUAUAGCUUUGGAAUAAUUUUGUUGGAGAUGUUCACAGGAAAGAGACCAACUGAUGAAGUGUUCACAAAUGGUUUGAGUCUCCACAGUUUUGUUAAAUCUAAGCUUCCAGGACGAGUCAAUCAAGUUUUGGACCCAAUACUUUUUACAGCUGGAGAUAUGGGGACAGCAACAAACAAUACCUAUGAAAAUGCGGGAGACGAGAUCCAGGAAAGUAUUGAAAAUUUGAGAGUAGAGGGUGGAAAUGUGGAAAAAUGUAUUGUAUCAGUACUUAAAAUUGGAGUGUCAUGCGCAGCAGAAUUACCAGAAGACCGAAUGAAAAUGAGGGAUGCCACAAGAAAACUAAAUGUCAUCAAAGAUGGAUUUCUUCGUGCCAGGAACCCUAGAGAUCAGAGAAGGGGAAAUUAAAAGUCCACUAAUUGCAUCGAGAGUUGAACUCAUGUGAGAAGAUUUCUCUUUGGUAUUGACCCUGUAAAUCCUAUUUUUAAGUUUAUUUUUCAAAUAAUUAAGUCCAAUUUAUUUUUUACAUUAAUAACAGUAUUUUAAACUAUA